AUGGCACUGACACUCGCACGGUGGCUCGCAGACUGCAAGACGGACAACUAUGGCAAGCAGACCUGCACCUACGGGCAGAAGUGCUGGGAGUACGAGUGCGUGGAAAUUCCCAAGCAUUGCGAGGUGGUCUAUGCCGGUGGGGACGAGUGUGUGACCAAGUAUGGCAAGGACCUCGAGUGCAAGGAGCUGAAGAAGCCGGAGUGCGUGUACGAGAAGGAGUGCGAGUACGUAGACACCGGCAAGUGCAAGGAGUACGAGUAUCAGGAGAAGUGCAUCGAGGUGCCCACCAAGAUCUGCCUGAAGUACAACCAGGUGCAGAAGUGCGAGAAGGACCGCCAGGUGUGCAAGGAGUACAAGCAGGAGAGGAAGUGCGAGCAGGGCAAAUGCACCAAGUACGACGCCUACGGCGGCUGCACCGCGUACGGCCAGGCGGACUGCAAGUACGUGGACACCGACAAGUGCAAGGUGUACGAGACGGUGAAGGGCAAGUGCGUGUACGUGAGCGGCGCCUGCAAGGAGUACAAGAAGGAGCAGAAGUGCGACAACGUGAAGAAGGGCUGCAAGGAGUACGAGCAGGAGGAGGUGUGCAAGGAUGUGAAGGUUUGCUGGACCGGCAAGUGCGUCGAGGUGCCCAAGAAGGGCAGCUACAACGCAAGACACGGCAAGUAG